UAAUGUUUAUCUUCUUCGUCUCAUUGUUUUAUACUAAAGUGUUACAAUUUGUCUCUAUAUAUAAAGCAGAGCCGGAUAGCUUCUCUGUUCUCCCAUCUGUUCUCCCCAAACUCUCUUUUCAUUCUAGCAUUUUCUUAAAGCCUAAAACUCUUAUUCCUUCUCAACUCAACCUUCUUUAUUUGAUCCCUUAUCUUAUUCUUUCUCUAUCACUCCUUUUUCUUUAUAUUUCUCUCUUCUGUUUUGGGUUUUUUUCAUUGAAGAGUUUACCAGAUUCUCCAUUCAGAAGAAAAAAGCUCCUCUGUUUAUCAAGUUCACGAACAAGAGACUUGUCAACUAGCUGAUUUUGGCAGCAGAUGGCCAUUGAGCAGUACUUCGAAGAAGCUGUAGCUCAUAACCAUUUAAGCGGAGAAGGUAAAACUUCCUUGCAAAAGUGGAAGAGUUCUCCACAUCAAGUCACAGAUUCUGAUGAUAAUCCCUCAGGUGGUUUUGACUGCAACAUCUGCCUAGACUCUGUGCAGGAUCCAGUGGUCACGCUAUGUGGUCACCUAUAUUGUUGGCCCUGCAUUUACAAAUGGCUUCAUUUUCAGACCAUUUCCACUGAAAACCAAGAGCAGAAACAGCAGCAAUGUCCUGUAUGCAAAGCUGAAGUCUCACAUACCACACUGGUGCCGCUUUAUGGCAGGGGCCUGACAACUAAGGCAUCAAGAGGCAAGACUCCCCAAUUUGAUGUAGUCAUACCAAAGAGGCCUCUUGCUCCUACUCCUAACACUACCAAUAGUUCGCAGUUUGCACAGCAAUUACAUCACCGCGGCUAUUCAUAUCAACCACAAAUGUCCUACCCUCAACAUGGCAGUUAUCCAGCUUCACCACUUCUUAGUCCUGGUGGCAUGACGAUCAAUGUACUGGAUCCAGUGACCCGAAUGUUUGGUGAAAUGGUGUACACGAGGGUAUUUGGGAACUCGAUUACAAAUUUAUAUACUUAUCCAAAUUCAUACAAUCUUGCUGGGAGCACUAGUCCGAGGAUCAGAAGGCACGUAAUGCAAGCCGAUAAGUCACUCAGCAGAAUAAGUUUUUUCCUCUUCUGUUGCAUAAUCCUCUGUCUUCUUUUGUUCUGAUCUGUAUUUCUCUGCUUCAUUCCCAUUUUAUACUUGUAUAGAAGACAAAAGUUAUACAAAUUCAGCCGGAUGUACUAGUACCUUAUGAGAUGUUGCAUCUCCUGUGCUGCGAAAUAUCAUAUAUGUAAUUAUGAGUUCUGUGCACCUUUUGUUCUGA